GACGACAGAGCUGUCAAACACCAACAAGCGUCUGAAAUAUUAUCCCGGGCGGUACAAAACAGAGAAAAAAAAACAUCUUACUUUGCUCUUUUGUGGAAACAAGGACAACAGAAACAGACUUCGAGUUUACUUUGAGAAGUCAGCCUUUGGAAAUGUGGACUUUUCAACCGUUGCGACGAAAAACUUCUUGUUUUGUGUGUGUUGGUAGUGGAUCUCAGGCUAAUGUCUGUCAACGUUAGCGCUUGGUUUAGCUCGAGUUUUGUUGACAAACUAGCCAGUGAGCUAGUCACUGAGCUAGCUGCGUUACAAACUUUGCUGUUUCGGGGGUUAGCUUGUCGUUUUCGAUAAAUGGAUCCCAGCUUGAACUCUUCUUUCAAACAUCUCUUUGGAAGAAUAACAGGUCUCCAAGGACUUACUGUACAUCUGUCAAAUAUGUGAAGUCCUUCUCAUCCUGGUGGACUCCUCAGUUACAAGCAGUGAGGAACUGGACUAGUAGGAAACAUCUUGGACCCAGCCAGGGCUUGUCACCAGGGGUGCCCUUAACAAAAUUUUAAAACUGAAGUCUAUGUGUGUGACAUAUUUCAUCCCAGGACACAAACUGAGUAAAUCCUGUUCUGCCGUGGAGCCCUCGGCGCCGUUUAAACAAUCUAGUCCGCUUGUCAUGUGGGUACAUUACAGAAUAAGGCUCAUAUUACCCUCACUGGUAUCACCAUCUUUCACAUCACCAUGGACCGGAAUAAACGCAAUUCCAUCGCUGGGUUCCCUACACGACCCGAACGCCUCAGUGAGGACAGGGACGGUAUCGGAGGGGUAGGGGUCGGCGAGAUGGGCAUGGGCCCAUCUCCACAGGUGGGCAGGGUGUGGCCAUCAUCCUACAGAGCCCUUAUCAGUGCCUUCUCCUGUCUUACACGCCUUGAUGACUUCACAUGUGAGUGGAUUGGCUCUGGAUUCUUCUCUGAUGUCUUCAAGGUACGUCAUCGAGCUUCAGACCAAGUUAUGGCUCUAAAGAUGAACAAGCUCAGCAGCAACAGAGCUAACAUGUUGAGAGAGGUCCAGCUAAUGAACCGGCUUUCACAUCCAAACAUACUCAGGUUCAAGGGAGUGUGUGUCCACGAGGGACAGCUUCAUGCUCUGACGGAGUACAUCAAUGGCGGAAACCUGGAGCAGCUUCUCGACAGCAACAAACACCUGACUUGGCCCACCAGGGUGAAACUGGCCAGCGAGAUCGCCAGCGGUCUGGCCUACUUGCACUCUAAAGGCAUAUUCCACCGAGACCUCACCUCCAAGAACUGCCUGAUCAAAUGUGAUGACAACGGCUACACAGCAGUGGUGGGAGACUUUGGCCUGGCCGAGAAGAUCCCCACUAAUCUUGCUGAGGGAGAGAAGCUCUCGGUUGUCGGUUCUCCUUUCUGGAUGGCUCCAGAGGUGCUGAGAGAUGAACCCUACAAUGAGAAGGCCGACGUAUUCUCCUAUGGAAUAAUCUUGUGUGAGAUCAUUGCAAGGAUCCAGGCUGACCCUGACUUCCUACCCCGCACGGAGAACUUCGGCCUGGACUACCACACGUUCCAGCACAUGGUUGGAGACUGUCCGCCUGACUUCCUCCAGCUGGCUUUCAACUGCUGCAAUAUGGACCCUAAACUCCGUCCAUCCUUCCCAGACAUCGUCAGGCACCUGGAGGAGAUUCUUGCUCGCCUUAAAGUUGAAGAGAUGGAGCAGGAGUGUGUCCCGCUCAGUGGGGACAACGACAAGAAGACUAUACCCAAAGGUGAAAAGAUCCAAGGCUUCAAGCGGCUGAACCCUCUCGGUUUCCAGGAUGACAAAAUCCCGCCGAAAUCACCCCGUCCCCGGCGCAACAUCUGGCUCAGCCGCAGCCAAUCAGACAUCUUCUCCUGCAAACCAAUAAGAAAAGUCAACGUCCAGGACCCUUACUAUAACCCACCCACUACUCAGCGAGCUUCCAAAGCCCGCAAGAUCAACCCGUUCACCGCCCGAGAGGACCUGUGUGGGGGCAAGAUCAAGUUUUAUGAUGUGCCCAGCAAGUCUGUCUUCUCGCUGGUGUUUGACCUCCACUCACCUCCGGGGAGUGUGUUCAGUAACCAGCCACCUGCUCAUGGACCUGUGGGGCCGCAACAGGAGGCGUCUUACUACUGGCAGCAGCUGCCAGGAAGACAGUGCCACUCCUUACCGGUGUCCCCCCAACUGCCCCGCUCCGAGGUCUUCCACCUCGCUGCUGCUGUCAGCUCCAACAACAAUGGGUCUCUUACCUGUAACUCCAGCCAGCUGUCCACAACGCUUCCAGCGCCUAACUCCAGGUCUGACGCCGGCCUGACUGGAAAUGACAUCCGACAGAAAGCGUUGCUGGGCGGCUGGGCGAAGAAAUACGUCGUGGUUGAGAUCCCACCUUACUGCAGGCAGAGAGGAGGGGAGGACGAUGGAGAGGUCGAGGGUAGGAAGGAGGGAAACAAGGAGGACUUGUUGGGGGAGAGCUGGUCAACGCUGGUCCCCAGCAGCGAGAGGGAGGGCGGGGAGGCGAUGGACUGCUCCUGCAGCCUGGAGGCAGAGGAGGAAGGAGAAAGAGGGACAGACACCUGCCCGAUGUAACAGAUUUAAACCCAAACACUCACAUGAAGGAGGCGGUGAGGAGCAUGUGCCGGUUAUUGGACAAGAGACGGGGACUCGGACUCCUGACUGUGAGGACAUGGACAAGAAUUUUUAAAAGUAGACUGACGGACCGGGAUGCAUUUCAAAGAUUUUGGAUAAAUAUAACGUAAAAAGAAAAGUAAAACCACUUGAUUUUUAUCUAUCAAGUGAAUGUAUCACAUGUUCAAUAAAUCAAACACAACUGAAUUUAGAUAAAUAAAUAUUUUUCAAAGCUGUUAUCACCCAGGUGUGACAGAACAAGGUGUUAGCACAAAAAAAAAAGCUUUUAUCAACACGGUGGACACUCGGAAUAGAGAUUAUUUUUUUGAAAGGUUGUUUAUAUUUACUAUUGUGAGAUGAUGUAGAUUUUUUUCCUUGAAAGUUUCAUAUAUUAGGCGCCUUGUCUAUGAUAAGGGGCACUGAAGAUCCCUUGUGUUGUGUAUGUGUGAGUGUCUAAAAAUCUGAAAUGUGUUUUGAUACUUUCCCCUUUUGUUAGACAAGUACUUUUUAAACUAAAUCAAAAAACAUUGUCCACAUCCUUCGGAUAAACGAGGCCGUGCGCUGACAUUCAGUGGAAAGAAUUAGAGAUGAUUCGUAAUAAAUGUGUGCCUCAAACACAAACACGCAUUAGACAGAUGGUGAAUCUCAAACCAUCCCAGCAACCUCAAACCUGACUGCAGCAGUGAAAUAUUUUACAACAACAUGCCUCCUCGAACUAUUUCACGGGAAACUCUGCCAGUUUAUGAAGGAGAUGGUUUUAGGAUUUUAAGGACUUAAAGUACAUCAGUUUGGUUGCUACUUGAUGACAUAGGCCAUAAGUGCCACAGAUGAAGCAAGCCAACACCCUUCAGCAGUCAAAGCAUUCGUGGGCAGUGUUGCCGCAUUUGAAGCCGAGCCACCAAUUUCAUUCGUCAGUAUUUACGAGUUUUCAAAACAGCCCCCUCUUGCAACUCUAAACGCACGAUGAUGAUUGUCAAAAAAUAAAGCCAAAAGACAAACUGUUCGCUCCAAAGCGGCCGAUGUUCUGCAAAAGUUACGUAGUCUUGCUUUAAAGUCAAAAUUGAAAUUUCUAGAAACUGGAGGCUCCUUUAAGAUGGGAGAUCAAUCUCAUGUGGAACUUGUAGCUAAAGAUAAACAUAAAGGCCAGCAGUAAUGUGAAUUAUACUGUAUAUGAACCAUACAGUUUACACAAAAAAAGAUAAUUCACGGUGUCAAAAUACUGCAAAUGAAACAGUGUCAUGAAACAAACUGAUUAAUGCUGAAACUCCACACACACACACACACACACACACACACACACACACACACACGUAAUCGUCUAAAAAGCUGCCACAGGCUCAUUUUUUGAACAUGAUGUUGGGGCUUAGAUGACUGCAGGCCCAGGCUUUACUGGUCUCCCUGUGGCGUAUAAUGUACCACUGGUACACAUGUACUGCCCCGCGCAUUUCCUUAAAAUUCAGUGUAUAUUUCCUUGUUAGUGGAGCACAUUUCAUUAAAGUCUCUGAUACUCCGAAAAACACUCUCUAAUGAGGUUGCUGCUAACAUUUGAUUGAAUUUUUAUUUCAAUAAAUUGGUGGUCUCAUGACAUUUUCUACUAUUAUUAACACGCUCCGAUGAAUGUCUUAAACAGAUUUGGUGUCAGACUUCCUGUUUGAUCGUCACUGUGUUCUGUUGUCCACUUCCUGUGCUUCACAGGUGUGGAAGGGGUGAGACUGCAGAGUUGAAUGUCACAGGUUAAAGCAUUUCUUCAGCUUUAAUGAGAGUCUCAUCUGGAAGGUGUGUUGCAUUAUAAAAUUAGAUUUUUACUCAUUAAACAUGAUGAACCGCGUUUGCCUCUGCUCCAGCACUUGUGUAUUGAUCCUGAUGUUACUCUCUGCUGAUCUCCGUCUGUUCACUCCAAUAGGAACUAAAAUGCACUUGUACAGUGAUCUCCUCUUAACUACUCGUCUCAACUUUCUAUGCAACAAAUGUAACUUUCACCACACUGUUUUACAGGAUAAAGGAUCUAAUUUGAUAUUUAUGAGAAAACAUUUUUAAUGUCUUACCUUUGUAUAUUUAUGUAAAAAGUUUGUGUUACCUCCCUCGAUGAAAUACAGAUUGAAAUGUUUUUGCUGAUCGAAUAA